GUAUUUGGUGCUAGAACAUGUGUCAGGUGGGGAGCUCUUCGACUAUCUUGUAAAAAAGGGAAGAUUGACACCAAAAGAAGCCAGGAAGUUCUUCCGACAAAUCAUCUCUGCUUUAGACUUCUGCCAUAGUCAUUCAAUAUGCCACAGGGACUUAAAACCAGAAAACUUACUGCUGGAUGAAAAGAACAACAUCCGGAUAGCAGACUUUGGGAUGGCAUCGCUGCAGGUUGGGGACAGCUUGUUAGAAACCAGUUGUGGAUCACCACAUUAUGCUUGCCCUGAAGUCAUCCGGGGAGAAAAAUAUGAUGGAAGGAAAGCAGACGUCUGGAGCUGCGGAGUCAUUUUAUUUGCAUUGCUAGUGGGUGCCCUGCCUUUCGAUGACGACAACUUGCGGCAACUGUUGGAGAAGGUGAAACGUGGAGUGUUCCACAUGCCACAUUUUAUCCCUCCGGACUGUCAGAACCUUUUGCGGGGGAUGAUUGAAGUGGAUGCCUCGAAACGUCUCACG